GUUUCCUUUAAUUUUCAGGUUUAACAGAUCUUAUUCUACAUACACUCAUGUCAACAGACGGAUUAGAUUCUAAAUGGACCAGCAGUGCUAAGGAAGUCAUAGAGAGAUUCUACGGCUCAACUAACGGUGUGUUUAGAAUAUAUCCAGGGUCGCCAAUGGUUACCACAUUUGAUCACAGAGAAUCUGAUUGGUACAAAAGGAGUGUGGCAUUUCCAAAUACAACAAUGUAUCACUAUGGGAAGCUGGGCAUAGUGAAUAGGAACAAUGUAAUCAUCGUCAGCAGAGCUGUGGGGUAG